AUGCAACGAAGCUUAGGGAGAGCAUUUUGCUUGGUGAGUCCUUUCUUUCGCGAAGCCCCGUUCAUAGAAGGAUCUGUUUCUCCAAUUUGGUGUUCUUACAUGGAAACGGUCCAACCAAAGUCACUAGUUAACACCGAAGGUACCCCAGCAUUAAACAAAGUUAUGGAGGUUGAGAAUGCGACGGAGGACAAGCAAGAAGAAGAAGAAGAAGAAGAAUGGUUUUGUAGAAGAGAAAAAAUGUUUAAGGAAACAAAUGGAGAGAUUGUGUCUGGACCGUAA